AUGAAAUAUAUCUUAAUUAUUGCUCUUUUGGUUUUAACAAUCACCGCAAGAUAAGUCCACAAGAAUGAAGAUGAUGCAUUAACUAAAUGCAUGGCUAAGAAUUGCAGAAAACAAGCAAUUGCUUGUGCAAAAGCAAAAGGAUGUUCAGACAACCUUUAAAACUGUGCUAAUGGACUUGACUAAGAUUAGGACUUGGAAAAAGUACAUAUAUAACUUAAAUUUGUUAGUUUGAUACAUGUUUAUAAAAAGUACCAUAGUCUUAUUCAUUGAUGGAAUGCAUUCUUGAUAACUGCGCUGAAGUAGAAAGAAAAAGUUUUGCUAUCGAGUCAAUUUUGAAAAGAAUGAAUUGAU